CUGAUAAUAUCAUCAAACAAGUAUACGUUAUUAUGAAUGAUAAUAACACUGCAUUCAAAGACAAUUACUGCAAAAAACGGCGAUACCCAUAUACUCCAACAACACUAAACUUUUUGAGUGAUAAAACUGCGCUUUUUCUCUUGCAACAUUUUUAA